AUGGGAAUGGGAAUCGGGCUCGAGGGAGCGUUCCGUGAUUUCGAGAAGAUCAUGAACGCCUUCAAGGAGACGGAGGUCCCCACCGAGCGCGCCGCCUUCAGACUCCCCAUCGACCUCCAGCAGGAAGACAAGCGCAUCACCAUCUCGGCAGAUCUGCCCGGGCUGAAGAAGAGCGACGUGAAGGUCGAGGUGUCUCCCGAGGGUGUCCUGACCAUCACCGCCGAGAGGAAGGAGGAGGCUGGCCAGCGGUCCUCCCGGUCUUUCGGCGAGCGGUUCCGCGGCCGGUUCCGGCGGAGCGUGCGCCUGCCCAAGUCGGCAGCACCGGAGGGUAUCACCGCCAAGCUGGAGGAUGGCGUGCUCACGCUGGUGGUGCCCAAGCUGGAGACUGAGAGCCCUGAGAACCGCAUCAUCAACAUCGGUGAUGACUCUGGGCCCGCGUCUAUGGAGUUCCCCCCCUCUCCUGCUGAGUGA